CCUGUGUGCUUCCAGGUGAUUAUGCGAAGUGGUCAGCCUCUGACUGGCACCAAUGGGCGGAGGUGCAAGGAAGACGAGAAGCUGAUAAAUGCCACCCUCAGGGCAGGAAAGCGUGGCUACCUCAUUGACACCAGAUCACUGAAUGUGGCCCAGCAAGCUAGAGCCAAAGGAGGGGGCUUUGAACAGGAAGCUCACUAUCCCCAGUGGAGGCGGAUUCACAAGUCCAUUGAGAGAUACCAUGUUCUUCAGGAAAGCUUAAUCAAGCUUGUGGAAGCAUGUAAUGAGCAAACCCACAACAUGGACCGAUGGCUUGGCAAGCUGGAGGCCUCCAACUGGCUGACACACAUCAAGGAGAUUCUGACCACUGCCUGCCUGGCGGCCCAGUGCAUUGACAGGUAGCAUGUCAUCGUAUUGAUUCACGGCACAGAAGGGACCGAUUCCACACUGCAGGUGACUUCCCUGGCCCAGAUCAUCCUGGAACCGAGAAGCAGGACCAUCCGUGGUUUUGAGGCCCUGAUCGAGAGAGAGUGGCUGCAGGCUGGCCACCCGUUCCAACAGCGCUGUGCACAGUCAGCUUAUUGCAGCAGCAAGCAGAAGUGGGAGGCACCCGUGUUCCUUCUCUUUCUGGACUGUGUGUGGCAGAUCCUCCGGCAGUUCCCUUGCUCCUUUGAGUUCAAUGAGCAUUUUCUCAUCAUGCUCUUUGAGCAUGCUUAUGCCUCACAGUUCGGAACAUUCCUGGGCAACAAUGAGAGUGAAAGAUGUAAGUUGAAGCUACAGCAGAAAACGAUGUCUUUGUGGUCAUGGGUCAACAGGCCCAGUGAGCUGAGUAAAUUCACCAAUCCACUCUUUGAAGCCAACAGCCUGGUCAUCUGGCCUUCCGUAGCUCCACAGAGUCUCCAACUGUGGGAAGGGAUUUUCCUGCGCUGGAGCAGAUCCUCUAAGUAUCUGGAUGAAGCAUAUGAGGAGAUGGUUAACAUCAUUGAAUAUAACAAGGAGUUGCAAGCCAAAGUCAAUAUCCUGAGGAGGCAGUUGGCCGAACUGGAAACAGAGAUGGGCUACAGGAGAGUCCUUGAACGAUCUCCCCACCCGUCCUGA